GAGACUUUUCCGGAAUAUGAUUGGCUGAAAAUAGUGGCACAUUUGAAAGGGAAUUUUAUGUGAAGUUUGCCGUGUUUUUAUCAAUAAUAUCCGCAUUUUUGACUGUCACAAACAGUGUCAUUAAAGGACGUUAUUCUAUGCUUUAAAAAAAGCAGAGAUGAGUUACUCAGAGUUGAAAGGUCUUUACCACCUUAGGGAGACCAUCGGGUCCGGUGGUUUUGCAAAGGUGAAGCUGGCAUAUCAUUCUUUGACAGGAGAAAAAGUUGCAAUAAAAAUCAUGGAUAAAAGAUCUCUAGGGGAAGAUCUUCCUAGAGUGAAGACAGAGAUUGCAGCAAUGCAGGAUUUAUGCCAUCAGCAUAUUUGUAAAUUAUACCAGGUGAUAGAAACUACAGACCGUUUUUACAUGGUUCUAGAGUAUUGUCCGGAAGGAGAACUGUUUGAUUACAUUGUGGCCAAAGACAGACUAGGUGAGGAGGAGGCUAGAAUAUUCUUCCGUCAGAUUGUUUCAGCUGUGGCUUACAUACACAACCAGGGUUACGCCCAUAGAGAUCUGAAACCAGAGAACUUGUUACUGGAUGAGGAACAAAAUUUAAAACUUAUAGACUUUGGUCUCUGUGCAAAACCUAGAGGUGGCAUGGAGAAUCAUUUGUACACGUGUUGUGGCAGCCCAGCUUAUGCAGCUCCUGAACUCAUUUCUGGGAAAGAAUAUCUGGGUGCCGAGGCUGAUAUAUGGAGUAUGGGAAUCCUGUUGUAUGCAUUAUUAUGUGGUUAUCUCCCUUUUGAUGAUGAGAAUAUUCCACAGCUUUACAAGAAAAUACAGAGUGGGAAAUACGACACACCUUCCUGGUUAUCCGGUGAGAGUAAAGAGUUGAUACAGGCUAUGUUACAAGUGGACCCAAAACGUCGAGCUACCAUCAACCAGCUCGUGGAGCAUCCCUGGUUAAUGAAAGGUGUAGACAUACCUGUAGAAUGGAACAGUAAAUAUAGGCGGAAAGUUGAUGAUGACUGCAUUACAGAACUUGCAGUGCAUUAUGGGAAGUCUAAACAGGAAAUGGAAACGGACGUUCAACAGUGGAAGUUUGACUACCUGACAUCUACAUACUUUUUAUUACUGGAGAAGAAAUUAAAGGGACGACCUGUAAGGUUGAUACAACAACAACACAAACAGUCGCAAGAUACACCUAGGCCGAGAAGUCAAAGUGCUGAUUCAUGUAGAACCCGGUAGAGAAAUCGGAAAAUGUUUGCAGUCGUACACAGGAAAAAUCAGCGCCAAGGGCAGAGAGACCAAAAUCGAAAAGCCAGAGAAAGACUUGCAUUCUCUGAUAAUAAAAACAGCAAUAAAGAAAAUAAGGAGAACUUUCUUAUACCAGAGACUCCAAGUUAUAAGAAUAAAACACCUAGACCAAGGAAUAAUAAUAACAAGAACCUUAUAGAACAGAAUAACUUUGAAAAUAGGAAACCUAGAUCACCGUUAAUGGCUAAACAGUUACCAGUCGCCCUUGACGAUACAUUAUGCACACCAGGGAAGAUGCACAAUGGUUCCAUGUUGAACAGCACACUUUCACCAUCACGGUCGUACGAUUCACAACUAAAUAAUCUACAGAAAGAAACACACCCCAGCGCAUCAAAGAAACAAGUGCCUCCUAAAUCUAACAGGGCCUCAUCCGUUGAUGACGAUCUAUACAAAGCUCACAUGGACACGACACCAAGCAAGUCGAGGAAGGGUUCCGUGUUUGGCAGUCUGGAGAAGGUAUUCAACAUGCUUACACCAAAGAAACAAAGAGGAUCUUCAUCUGACGGUCCCAGGAAAGUCAAGGCUGUACACAAUGUAUUCAGGACCAAUGAAACAAAUGCUGAUACUGCUUUUGCCAGUUUGAAGGCUACUGUGAAGAAGAAGUUUAUACCUUUUAAAGAGAGCGACUAUACUUUACGUUGUACUGUGAUGGACGAUUGGGGGCGCGUCAAACUGGCUUUUGAUUUAGAAGUUUGUGCUAUACCCAAGAUGUCAUUUGUUGGCGUGUGUAGAAAAAGGGUGAAAGGCGAUACAUGGCACUACAAGAAACUGUGCGAGGAUAUUUUGUCCACUGCUAAAUUGAUGUGCUGAUUUUGAUUGGAUAAUACAUAACAACAGUGCCCAACACAACUUACACAGUGCUCUGUGAUAUCUCUACUCGAGUGUACCUCAUCCCUCAUAAUGUGAUCGUGAACUUACAAAUGAUAAAAUGUGCCACAUAGUCAUAUAGUAACCGUAGUAGAAAUGUUUAAAUUCAUCAAUGGUUUGACAGUUGGUUGUGAUAUCAAAUGGUACAAGGUUUUCUUUUCCGAAAAAAUAUUAACAAACUUGCCAUUUGUUCUGCAUAGCCGAAAUAGAAAAUAUUUAGGGUAACAAUUUGGCGGCUGUGAUUUUUUUUAUCUGCAUGAGAAGAAAUUAGUCAAAUGGUAAUAAAUAAGUGACUAGUUGAAGUUUUAGCUGUGUAUAUAUCUUAUCAUGUAUUUAUGGACUUGUUUUAAAAUUUCAGGACAUUGUAUGUGCAUGUCUUUUUAUAUUCAAAUAUAUAUUUUUAAUAAGUGCUUUUUUGAUGAAACUUCAAAAAUUGUUUUCAAGAAUUGUGUUCAAUAGACAUAAAGAUUCAAAUUUUGACAUGAGAAUAAUAAAAGUAAACAUUAGAAAAAAAAAGUGUCUCAAUGACAUAGUUGUAAUUAGUACGGUGUUUAUAAUGUUAGGUGUAAAAAGACUGCGAUGGAGCAAAGUUAUAAUAUGUAUAGCACUGAAAAAAUACAUUAUAAACUGUGCCUUGAUUUUAUUUCAAUUACUAUAACUUUAAAUCUUUUGGUGCAAUUGUAUGCUUUUCAUCCAUUUGAUUUUUGAAAAAUAGUUUUUUUUUUCCACUAAAAAGUAACUGUUUCAGUGUUCAAGUCAAGGAUAGACAAUUUAUUCAUGUCUCUCUGUAAGUGAAAGUUGGCUUUGUUGAAUAUUACAGCGACUUUUAAUGCCAGUAAUUAUGUCUCCUUAAAUUUUUAUCUGUCCGUUUGUCCUCAAUUAAGCUUGUCCGCCCUUCGCAGGUCAAACUACUGGUGGGAUUUCAAGUAAACUUUACAGGAGUGAUCAGUACUAUCCUUAGUUGUACAAAUUACCGGCAUGUUCUGCUUCGUUGCACAGAAUGGCCACCAAAGCUGAAAAUAGAAAAAUCUUGUCCAGCCUUCCACAUCAUUUACUGGUAGGAUUUCAACCAAACUUCACAGGAGUGAUCAGUACCAUCCCUAGUUGUGCACAUCGCUGGCAUGUUCUGCUUCGCUGCACAAAAUGGCCGCCAGAGCUUAAAAUAGAUAAAUCUUGUACGGCCUUCAUAGGUUAAACUACUGGUGUGAUUUCAACCAAACUUCACAGGAGUGAUCAGUACCAUCCUUAGUUGUGCACAUCGCCAUCAUGUUCUGCUUUGCUGCCCAAAAUGGCCGCCAGAGCUAAAAAUAGAAAUAGCUUGUCCGGCCUUCACAGGUCAAACUACUGAUUGGGUUUCAACCAAACUUUACAGGAGUGAUCAGUACCAUCCUUAGUUGUGCAUGUCACCAGCACGUUCUGCUGCUUUGCACAAAAUGGCCGCCAGAGCUAAAAAUAGAAAAAUCUUGUCCGGCCUUUACAGGUCAUACUACUGGUAGGUUUUCAACCAAACUUUACAGGAGUGAUCAGUACCAUCCUUAGUUGUGCACAUAGACGUUCAAUUGUACUGCACAAAAUGGCAGCCAGAGCUAAAAAUAACAUAAUUCUUGUCCGGCCUUCACAGGUCAAACUACAGAUGGAAUUUCAACCAAACUUUACAGGAGUGAUCAGUACCAUCUAUGGUUGUGCACAUCACUGGCACGUUCUGCUUAGCUGCAGAAAAUGGCCGCCAGAGCUAAAAAUAUAAAAAUCAUGUCCGGCCUUCAUAGGUCAAACUACUGGUGGGAUUUCAACCAAACUUUACAGGAGUAAUCAGUACCAUCCUUAGUUGUGCACAUCACCGGCAAGUUCUGCUUGCACUAAAUGGCCAUCAGAGCUAUAAAUAGAAAAAUCUUGUCCAUCUUUCACAGGUCAAGCUACUAAUACUUCACGAUUGACCAUACAUAGUUUUGGAAGACUUUUGUUUUCGUGACAAAAACCCUUCUAGUUUAAAAAAUUUGUAAUGUUAGUAAUUUGAACCUUUGUUUUUAUUGUAAAAUUUCAAACUUGCAUGUUAUGGAAAUUGUAAACAAAUGAUCAAUAUGAAUUUGCAGGAAAAUUGCCAUCUUACCAUCUGUGAUAACAAAAUACUUAUCCAAUAUGUGUUUCACAUCUCUGUUCUGUAUUGGCGUUAAAAUAUAUCAUGCUUUUCGUCUUGGUGAAAUUUUCAAUGCCCAUUUGUAUUUGAUCUUGUAUAUUGUAAAAUAUCAUCCUUGUAUUUUAGACAUUUACACUUAUUUAAAAUUUUUACCAUGGCUUGUCAUUUACUUGUUUUUCAGUUAAUCAGAUUUUUCAGGAUUUUAAUACUUGAUAUAAUUAUAAUGGCAUAAAAAGAAGAGUUAACAUGUCCUUUUAUGAAUAAAUGUAACUUCAUAAAUCACAUUAAAUCAAAGCAUAUUAUUAUGUACUAAUAUUUCUCUUUCUUUUAAUUUCACUAUUCAUUGUUUUAUGCAGAAAUGUUAUUAUAUGAUUUUUUUUAAAGCUGAGUAAACUUUGCAUUUGGUAAUUUUGUAUAUAUAAAUGUAGUUGUCUUUAUCAAAUUGUCUCACAUUUAGAAUUGUAAAUAUAUAUUCUACUUGUCUAAUAUUUAUGUAUAAAUCAUGUCUUAUUAACAUAAAUAAAGUGCAAAAAAUUGAAA